AUGUCAGGAAAGGGUGUCGAACCAGUCGGUGCUCCACGAGAUGCGGCCAUCACCAUCGGUCCAUUUAAGCCAUCUCGACCAGGUUAUGGACCAGUAUUAUCAUAUCUCCAAGCUGCCCAACUCGAUACACCCCUCAAGAUCCAUCCAUUACUUCAACUCAGAACUUGGGAUCCUAAACCAUAUGCAAAAUAUCUAGCUUGGAACGUGAUUGAGCAUCCGAUGUUCGCUGCUAUCUGGGUUGACUACGAUGGGAUCAAAGAAAGAGGUCAACCUGCUACUUCGCCAAUUGUUGAAGAAAUAAAUAUAGGUCAUGUGGAGACUGGUUGGUCCAUCAGGGUAAGGAAUCGAAUGGGUAUAACGUGUGAAGAUGUUUUAUUCGCUAUAUACGAUUUCUUUGCUUCUCCAUUAUACGUCGAUGAGCUAGGAGAAAUGCACCCUCGAGCGGUCAGGAUAAUGGAACAACAGUAUUUCGAAAAGCGUAGAAUGGGUUUCUUCGAUCUGAUGGAAGGUUAUCGUAAAUCGGAUGCACUGCUCGGACAAACGUAUUUCGAUGGUAUUCACAACGACCAGGAAAGUGUGGAAAGGUUGAAGAAGAAAUACAAUUUCCAUUCUGCGAAUUUACUUUUAUUGAGAUUGGGUAAUUGUUAG